AGCGCACACCCGACAUAAUUCAUCGUUCACAGAUGCUGCUGUGAAAAGGUACAUACCCGCCAUUUACAGCAUGUCUCUCGACGGUUUACUUCCAACACCGGGUACAAGAAUCAGUCAUAAUGGGCAAUUGGCUACAGUCCGAUACGUCGGUGAGGUCACUGGCACGUCAGGCACAUGGCUAGGCGUCGAAUGGGACAAUCCAAAGCGCGGAAAGCACGACGGCGUGAAAGACGGAGUCAGGUACUUCUCCUGCCUAGUACAGGGUGCGGGCUCAUUUGUUCGCCCGUCGGCUUCCAUCUCGUAUGGCCGUCCAUUCCUCGAGGCACUCAGCACCAAGUACAUCGAGACCGUCCAUGGCACAGACUCGCAGGAGAAAGUAACUCUAGGAUCCUCCAACAACGCCAUCGAGGUCGAAGCUGUCAAUCUCGACAAGAUCAGGAGCAAGUUCGCCCGACUGGACCGCCUCCGAGAGGUCAGCCUCGACGACGGACUUGUCGGAUCACCGAGCCCCCAGGAUCAGAUGCGGAAAACGUGCCCGAACAUCCGUGGUCUCGACCUUUCCUCCACACUCCUCCCAAGUUGGGACGAUGUCGCGAACAUAGCGGGAGCCUUACCCCAUCUCGAACGGCUUGCCCUCAACCGCAACCGUUUCCUACCCCCUCGGGACGUGAAUCACGGCGUGGCGUUCAGCCAGAUACGAGAACUCCAGCUAAACCAGACGAUGAUAUCUUGGAACGAUGCUAUGAACGUCAUAUCUCAAAUGCCCAAACUCGAGGCGCUCGAGAUCGGUUACAACCAGCUAACCGCGCUUCAAUUAACACAGCCUGAAAUGCCGCCAGGAAUGAUGCUGCCUGCAUUGCAUACCAUCAACCUCAGCGGUAACUGGCUUGAGGACUGGAAGAGCUUGUACGAGGCCUUGCAAUGCUUCACUAACUUACAGCGUCUCGUCCUAUCAAAUAACCGACUCGCAUCCAUCCCACCGAGGACAGCCGAGGACGCACCCAUCCAAGCGCUCCGUCACAUCGCACUCUCAUUCAACAGCCUAGCGCAGUGGAACGACGUAGACGCGCUAGUGUCCUGGGCGCCCCAGCUUGAAACGCUCAGCCUCAACGGCAAUCCUGUUACAACUGACAGCGACUUGUCCAAGUACGCCAGGCAGUUCGCCGUCGCAAAAAUACCUACACUCAAGUCACUAGACGGAGCAUUUAUCUCUACGAGGGAGCGUAAUGACUCAGAGCUGUUCUAUUUGUCUUACAUCGCCAGGAGCGACAUCACGGAGGCUGACAGAGCAAGGGAACACCCCAGAUGGGAUGCGCUCUGUGAGAAGCAUGGCAAGCCUGAUGAAGUACCGAAGAAAGCCAGCGAAGACAAGCUGAGCAGGCUUCUCAUCGACAUUGACAUUCACCGCUGUGAAGUCAGCCCCGAGAAGAGCUUGCCAGAGGCUAACAGCACUCCUACAACGACCGUCCGCGUUCUAUCCACCAUGUCUACUAAGCACUUCCGUCUCAAAGUCCUUAAAUCUCUGAAAGUGCCUCGAACACCAGGCACACAGGACACACCACUUUACCUCAAGAUGCACGACAACUCAUACAUGCAGCUAGACAAGGACGACCGAGAUCUCGCAUGGUGGGGCAUAGAGCAAGGAUCGAUUGUAUUCGUCUGUAUACCAAUACAAUAGAGAGACGUUGGACUACUGAGAUUGAGAAAGCGCUUGCUUGACCUGCCAACAGUUUAAUAAGGGACGCGACACAAGGCUUACCUGGGCUAGAGUUACGGCAUCGCAUCCAAUUGAAGGAGAUAUGACCCUGUCAUAUUGAUGGAUUCCCAUGCGUGCCCUAUUGUCAACAAAUGCAGUAGGUUUAGUUGGCCAAUUAAAGCCAAGCGCCUUUCAACGUGCCUGUUGAUACUGAUACUUCGGAUACUUGAUUCAGCAAGAGGGAGCGUCUAUGAAACCUUGGCUGCCCAGUCGACCGUACGCAAGUCAGAUUCCACGUUCCAUUACCGUCGCAGGGUCGGUCCUUAUGUCACUUGACACCAUACCGAACCGAAUUGCGUCCUAGGUCCUUAGGCUCAAGAGGUCUCCCAACGACGGAACCAACGCGGAUUUGCCCACUAAAGCAUGUACAAGGGGUCCAGUUUCGAACUCGAUCCAAGAUCACCAGUAUUCGACAACGCUUCACGGCCCACAGCGGAAGGAACCAACAUAACAAUUUGCGCAAAACCAUUCGAAACCACCAACGGGCGUCCUUCCCUGGGGCAUUUCAUCCGCCGAAACUGAUACCGAUCCACGUCUUUUCAACGCCACGCUGCUCCGUCACCAUUGGUCCUAGCAGCAGCCCUUUCUUCGAAGCGGUCCUCCUUGUCAUCGCGGCGGCGUUCGUCACGACGGUCGUCCCUACGACGGUCAUCAUAAUAAUCAGGCACUCUGCGGUCAUCAUAAUAGCCCCCCCGCCGGUUAUCAUCGUACCCUGCAGGUUUUCUCUCAUCAUGAUCCCUCCUGUUCGGAGGUGGAGACCUGGGGCGACGAUCAUCAUGUUCACGGCGGUGGGGCGACCUAGAGCGGUCGCGGCGGUAGCGAUCAUCCCUGGAGUAGCGGUCGUCCCUGGAGUAGCGAUCAUCCCUGCUGUACCUGUCAUCGCGGAACCGCUCGCGUUCCUCGCGACGGUAGUUGUCCGGUCCGCUGCGAUGCUCGUCAUAAGCAACACGAACCGGCCUACCGCGCAAGUCCUUGCCAUCGAGGUCGCGGACAGCUUGGUCGGCAUCAUCCCGGUUCAGGUACUCGAGGACACCUGAACCAGGGUACUCGGAAUCAAUGUCGGCAAAGGAGACGGCGCCAGCUUCACGCCCGAAGUCCUUGAGGUCCUGAGGGUGUAGCCAGAAGAAUUAGGUCCAAAGGUUUAAAACCAAAAUAUCCAGGAACGGAUAUCUUGAGGCCAAGCACGGCAUGACUCCUGGCAAGCAGGUGCAAAAAAGAGAUAUGCUCAUUAUGAAGGCGUAGGCUCACAGCCACAAUGGACGCCUGAGGUGCCCAUAUCCGUUCG